GUUGUGAUGCAUAUCACCACGAACCAUCAGUGAUAGACAGUGCGCAAUGAAGGCGUACCGGUAUCGUCGGAUGCUUCAGAGCGCGGGGGCGGCACUCCAUGCAACGACCGCUCCUCGACAUGUAUCGCGGCUUCUGGUUGGUGCAAGUGUGCUUGCAGGAUGUGGCCUCGUGUGUGCCGUGGAGUCGUCUUCGUCGCCGACGUACUUUGUAUUGCAGUUCCAACCGACGUUGGUCGCGCGAGCCAUUGCCACAACAAAGCAUCGUGGCGUUGUCGUCGUUGAUCAAUGCAGCGGUGGACAUUCCUGGCAUGAACGAGUCGGAGGAAAUGGAGAUCAUACAGAGCGCGGUGGAGCGCAUUGUGUUUGAGAUGGAGAACUUCAUGCCCCAGUCAUAUUGGGAUCGUAUCAUGACGACCAAAACGGUGCCUGAUGCUCAACGCGAGCUGCUGCAGUCGCGCCUCAUCGAGCACUUCCAGUCGACGUUGAACUUGCCUUACUUGUCCGAGCAAGACCAGCGUCUGAUCGUCCAUGCGACGGUGGCCAUCGUGUCGGACGCGAUGGGAAACACAAAGCUGGACGACAUCUUGGCACAGGACGCGACGUCAGUGUCGUUGGCGGCCAUCUUCAUCCGGGAGGCCAUGGGCAUCGACGACGUGGAAGCGCUGCGGAAGGAGGUGUCGAGCAUCAUCGAGCUGCCGAUUCCCCUGCCAGAGCCCGCAGUCAAGUGGGUGAUUGGCAAGGGCGUCGCGGCGUUGGUAGCUAUCUUGAACGACGCCGUGGACUUGUCGCUCGUGGAGUGCUUUGGGAAGGCGCGGACGCGACCGGUCACGUCCGCCGCCGACUUUGAAGAGGUGCUGCGGCUGAAUGUGACGGGGCUGUUGGACCACAACAUGAACGUGUUCGGCAUGCCCGCGUUUGUGGAAGCGUUUGUCCUGGCCAAGAUCGUCGACUCGUACUUUGACCUGUGUGUGACAAAGUCUCGCAUCGACACUGCUGUGGCCAUGUUGCUCAAACCUGUAAAGACGUGAAACGACAAGUGCAACCUCAACUAAAAACACGU